GGUCUCUUUUCUGCAGUGGUCACCACAUUUGUUGCUCCAGCGUAUUCAUUACUUCAGCAAGACAACACACAAAUGUCUGUUGAACUUCUAUCACAUAUCUCUACUCAGCUAUCCAGCCUCACCUUUACAUUGCCAUAUAUCAACUCUACCAUCACGCCCUCGAAUGAUGACAUGAAUUCCUUCCAGCCUACUGCCUCAGUGCGUUGGAUCAACAGCCUCUGGUUCCUUAGUCUCAUCCUCAGCCUCACAUCCACCAUGCUUGGAAUUCUGGCAAAGCAAUGGAUCCGGGAGUAUCUGAGGUGGAACAGCGCGACUGGCGCACUGAGGGACAACAUUCUUGUUCGACAGAUCCACGCAGAGUCCUGGGACCACUGGCAUGGGCCUGUGCUCAUUGUGUCAAUACCCACCCUACUCGAGCUGGCAAUCAUGUUAUUUGUCUGCAGCCUAACUAUCUUUCUGUGGACGCUCGACCUCAUCGUGGCU